AUGAACCACAAGCUUGCAUCAUCGGUAGUUGUAGCCGCUCGCGCGUCAUAUGCAGCACUAGCUGCAACAGACGCGGAUAUUGACUGCCCCACCGGUGCCGACGCAUCGACUCAUAGCCAGAGCUCUGUGCAUCUCAGCAGUAAAAUCAGAAACAACGAUGGCACGCUGAAGGCCAUACGAUCAUCUCCACGCUCAGACUGGGUCAGUCCGCCCUGCUCAGAAGAGCACAUCGCCAACUACGCCGGCCGCCUUCUUUCCGACCUUUCCGGCCCGCCAAAGGUCCCGCCAACCUCCUCCACCGCCCUCCUCCCAUCCGACAACUCCUGGUCCCUCCGCUUUGGCGAUAUUUCCUGCUACAGCCCAGACAGCGACUUCUGCAGCAAAUACACUUUCAGCGAUCUCGGCACGUGCGGCGUGGGGAUUACCGUCGGUCCUGGCAAGAAGCCUGAGAAACAUCUCGCCGUCCGGGAGCCGCUCAGCGGAUAG